AUCUGGGAAAACACUCUUUUUUCAUUGGCUGCCUCUGCCCUCUGAUCUCGCUUUCCCCCAAACUAGGGAGAUUAAAAACAACAGCUAAUUAAUUUCAUCCCUUUGCAGAAACGCUUCCUAGAUCUGAGGGCUUUUAACAGUUUCUGUCUGAACCAGGCCAAUAAAAACUCCAGCAAAAUGUCCAGCAAACGAGCCAAGGCAAAGACCACCAAGAAGCGCCCUCAACGUGCCACCUCAAAUGUCUUUGCCAUGUUUGACCAAUCACAGAUCCAGGAGUUCAAGGAGGCUUUUAAUAUGAUUGACCAAAACCGUGAUGGAUUCAUUGAUAAAGAGGACCUACACGACAUGCUGGCUUCUCUAGGGAAAAAUCCUACAGAUGAGUACUUGGAAGGUAUGAUGAGUGAAGCACCUGGACCCAUCAAUUUCACUAUGUUCCUCACUAUGUUUGGGGAGAAGCUGAAUGGCACAGAUCCAGAAGAUGUCAUUCGAAAUGCUUUUGCCUGCUUUGAUGAGGAAGCCACAGGCUUCAUUCAUGAAGAUCACCUGCGUGAACUGCUUACCACCAUGGGUGAUCGUUUUACAGAUGAGGAAGUAGAUGAGAUGUAUCGAGAGGCUCCAAUUGACAAGAAAGGCAACUUUAACUAUGUGGAGUUCACCCGUAUCCUGAAACAUGGAGCCAAAGACAAAGAUGAUGAAAACUAAGAAAUUUCAACUUCCAGUUAUCCUUGUUUGUCCCAGUCUUCUUGUUCCUCUUUGAGAUACUUUGAUGUCCUGGGUCAAGUACCAGAAUGGGUUACACUCUGAAAUAUUUCAGAGAACUAUUCCUGUUCUUAAUGAAGAAUAAGGUUUUGCAUGUCUGUGUAUGUUCACAUGGAUCAAUAUUGACUCAUUAUUAAGCCACCUGUUGAUUUGAUAGAUCCCAGGGAGUAAAAUAUUUGCAAUAUCCCCUUUAUAAACAAUUUUCCAGAUAUUUUUGAUGUGGAGUGAGAACAAACAUUGUGAGUGUAUCUAAUAUUGUUUCAUACACCAUUAGCAUUGGUGGAUUUUUUAAAAUAGAAAUAUGUUUUCAGUCCACAUAUACAGUUGUAAUAUAGCUUACGCUUGUAAUGUGGUUCACACUCUUCAGCUUUUUCACUGCCAUCACAACCCAGUGAAGUAGGACUAUUCCCAUUUUAAAGUUGAGUUGAGGUGGGAGUUGAGAUAUAUAGUAUAUAUAGCCUGGACUACCCUAUCACUUUUCAGGUGUGAGAAUGGAAUCGGGAGAUCCAAAUGCUGCCUUAAACUUUUACAUAGUGGAACAAGUUGGCUUUCACUGCUUAAAUUGAUUGAACCCAUGAAAACAUCACCGGAUACCAGAUUAGCUGAUAUCUCACUGCCUCAUGAGAAUCACAUCCCAAAUUGUAGUAAAGAUUUCCUCACAAAGCACAUUUGACACUCAUAGAAAGAUUUUUUUUCAAAUUUCGCCAUUACUCUUGACCCAGACACAUAAUAUAUCAGCUAAUGCACUGAUAAAGAAACAAGUUGAUUGGUCCACCAAAGCUGAAAUUCUCUCUCACAUAAAUCCCACUUUGGACUCUGAUCUAACAUAGUAUUUUUUGUGGAGGUUGAUUGAAAAAUUGAGGAGAAAAAACAUCAAAAAAUAAACCACUUUUCCAAAUCUGUUUUAAUUUCUUUUUCCUUCUGUUUCUACUGAAAUGCCUGGCUUGAAUAAUUCAGUAUUUUUAUUUAAAAAAUACUUCUGGAAUAUUGCAGAAGUCCUACAAUUAUUCUUACUGGUUUCCAAUUAAUAAGAGAGAUGGUUGCACUGUCUGAUUAAAGAUUUUGAGGUUUGACUAACAAAAGUAAACGUAUUCCAUUCCA